AUACGUUCGGUGUAUGUUUGAAUCAAGAUCACACAUUUGUCCAAAUUUGCCGCAUUGAAGUAUGUAUCGUUCACAAAAAGCUAUGUACUGCAUUGGUCUGCACGCGGUACACAAUGUAAGAUACAUGCGCAAUCACACGGAAAAUUCGUAUUUCAAUGUGUAUAGUACAAACAAAAAGGCAACCCAAAGCUCCAAAAGAUACAUAGAAUAAAAAGCAAUCAAGUUCUCUCGGCUUAGAAACACAUGGUUUCACCCGUUUUGUGUACGGCACUUACCUAUGUCACACAUUCAUUUUAUUUCGUUACGUUUUCCAUGUUGCUUCAGACUCGCUAUUUUGUGCAUGUCUCUGUGUGUCGUCUUCUCUUUUUGUGUUUACGAAAGCUCUCCGCGCGUCGUUUACACAUUGUAGAAACGUUGUUUCGCUUUAUGACGGUGCUUCUUUCGAGCGCCAGUGAAAAAUUCUCAAUUUCGUCUUCAACAACAACAACAGCAGCAGCAGCAGCAAAUGAUUUUUCGGCUGUCGCCAGUUGAGCGAACGACACACGUUCACUUAGUUUGCUCUUGUCGUUACGUUCAAUCAGACACUCUCUUGCCUGUUCUUCGACCUUUUCAUCGAUUUUCAAAGGGAACACAACAAAAUAUUUCACAUUUUUUUAUAACCAGAAUUGUCUUACAUUUUCUUAAGAACGACAGAGCAAAUUGAACACAUCUCAGGAGGAAUUCAUAUGUGGCUUUGAAAUAUGUCAAGUUUACGGGCGAGUACGAUUAUUUUGAUAUGCGCGUUGUGCGUGGUCGUCGAAUCGGCUGUCUUGAUCUCUGACAUUGGCAUGCAUCGAAUGAUCGAGUUGAAUUCGAAGCGACCAUUUUGUAAGUCGCAUGUAGAUAGAGGCGACAUCCAAAGAAUGCUUCUGGCGUCUGAUCAACGGCGUGUUCGUUACGUUCCGUUGGAGGUGAUUGAGGCUUUGGAGAAAGAAUGCAAAGAAGUUGGUGGUCUACAGCCAGAGAUUCAAGGGGGCUUGGCAUUCAUUUAUCCAGGAACGAAAUGGUGUGGACCAGGUUCGAUAGCAACGGAGUACAGUGACGUGGGAAGAUAUGCCGAAGAAGAUCGGUGCUGCCGUGAACAUGACCUCUGUCCGAACCAGUUGUCACCGGGCGAAUGCAAACGUGGCCUUUGCAACCAGCAACCCUUUACUCGAUCGCAUUGCGACUGUGACAUAAAGUUUCGACGUUGCUUACAACAACUAAAUACAGAAACAGCAAACACUCUUGGUGCCGUGUUCUUUAACGUCGUUCAAGUCACAUGCUUUAAAGAACGGCGCCCUUGUUCGACUCACCAAAGUUCUCAAUCGUAUUGUCCAUUUGAAUUUUAUAAAUCGGAAUCAUUUAUAUCGGUGCCGCUUUUAUCGGCGCUCAAUUCGGGUCAUUUCAAGCCGGCUGUGCAGCCACCAAAUUCAGUAAUUGAAUCAAGAUCGUUGCAUUUGAAUGGAGCUCGUUCGCUUGGCUCUGAUUACACCAGAGAAAAUUCAGCCGAACUUGAAAACUCGAUUCGAUUCGCUUCAUUGGGCUUAGCCGCGAAAAACAUCUUUCAAGAUAUGGUUGUCCGGCGAGUUGUUGGCUUCACACGGCUCUUGAAAUUGGCUUCAAAUAUCUGGGAUAGUUGAAAUUUCGAGAAAUCGGGCACAACUGAAACUCGAAUCCGAAGUUCCGAUUCCGAACAAACACCUUCAGCAAUUCAUCGAAUACAAUCAGCUAGAUAUAAGUAGAAUUUACGAAUAAUCGAUAUCUUAAGUUCCUCUAAUUCGAUAUUGUUUUAAAUAUUGAAUAAAUCCGUAGUUUUUUUUUCUGCCUAAUUUUUUGUA